AUGUGUGGUCACACACGCGAACAGCGCAUGCUGAAAGGGACCUGGUGUACUCCGGAACUAGAAAAAGCGGUGGAGAAGGGGUACCAAAUCCUAAAAAUACAUGAAGUCUGGCACUUCCCCGAAGAAAAUAGACGUGAGGGCCUUUUCGCUGGCUACAUGAAUACCUGGUUGAAACUUAAACAGGAGAGCGCCGGAUGGCCUGCAGGUGUGGAAACCCCAGAGCAGAAAGCAGAGUACGUAAAGCCAUAUGAAGAACACGAGGGGAUUAAGCUCGAUCCUGAAAAGAUUGCUGUGAAUCCAGGCAGAAAAAGCAUUGCGAUAUUACUUUUGAACAAGUAACUAAUCUUUUUUAACACUUAAGAAAUUUAGUUGCAGUCAGAGUGCGCAUUUUAAAAAUUUAACUUGCCGUGUUUUACUGCAAAUUUUAAUUCGUGACAUGUUUACUACUGUGCAAACACAAUUGCAUGCUACAAAUCAAAAAUUAGAAGGAAAUGUAUGGGAAAUAUGCCUAAAAAGUCUGCAGAUUUUAAACUUACAUUGCAGUGUUUUUCUGCAAAUUUCAGUUAUCGAAAUGAUUUAUACUCUGCAAACGCAAAUGCACGAUCGAAAUCAAAAAUUAUAAUCUGCGGACUGCGCAGGAAACAAUAACAAACUUAUAAUUUUUCUUUCUAUCUUUCAGUCUAUGGGGCAAAUUUGGUGAGCGACAGAACAAACCAGUGACCGACUGUAUUACCCAACCCUCGCAUCUGUUCCAGCUGUUAGAAGACCCGGUGAAUGAGAUUCACAGUGUACGUAUCUGCUCUGAAGACGUCAUGGAGUUGGUUGUGACUAAAGCAGAAGACGAAUACCAACGCUUGUUCAAGCAAAACGUGUUCAUCGCGGCGUUUACGACAUCGCUGACUCGCCUAAAGCUCUAUGAUGCCCUUGAUUUUUUAGGUGACCGAGUCUUGUAUUACGAUACAGACUCGGUCAUUUAUAAAACCAAGUGGGGUCAAGACAAGCUACCG